UUAAAAAGUUGAAAUACUAUUUUCACAAAACUUAAAAACACUGUAAUUUUAAUCUUAUCCCCUUCUUAAAUCCUAUUUCUGUUACUUUUCUGGCAGUUAACUCUACUUGUAUUGUGUCCCCAAAAAACCGACAUGUAGAUAAAUCUGUUCUACUUAAAUCUCGAAGUCCUCCAGGUCAUGUCGAGCAAGUCCUCCAGGUCGUGUCGCGCAAGACCACCAGGUCGUGUCGAGAGAGUCCUCCAGGUCGUGUCGAGCAAGCCUUCCAGGUCGUGUCGAGCAAGUCCUCCAGGUCGUGUCAAGCAAGACCACCAGGUCGUGUCGAGAGAGUCCUCCAGGUCGUGUCGAGCAAGCCUUCCAGGUCGUGUCGAGCAAGUCCUCCAGGUCGUGUCGCGCAAGACCACCAGGUCGUGUCGAGAGAGUCCUCCAGGUCGUGUCGAGCAAGCCUUCCAGGUCGUGUCGAGCAAGUCCUCCAGGUCGUGUCGCGCAAGACCACCAGGUCGUGUCGAGAGAGUCCUCCAGGUCGUGUCGAGCAAGCCUUCCAGGUCGUGUCGAGCAAGUCCUCCAGGUCGUGUCGCGCAAGACCACCAGGUCGUGUCGAGAGAGUCCUCCAGGUCGUGUCGAGCAAGCCUUCCAGGUCGUGUCGAGCAAGUCCUCCAGGUCGUGUCGCGCAAGACCACCAGGUCGUGUCGAGAGAGUCCUCCAGGUCGUGUCGAGCAAGCCUUCCAGGUCGUGUCGAGCAAGUCCUCCAGGUCGUGUCAAGCAAGACCACCAGGUCGUGUCGAGCAAGUCCUCCAGGUCGUGUAGAGAGAGUCCUCCAGGUCGUGUCGAGCAAGCCUUCCAGGUCGUAUCGAGCAAGUCCUCCAGGUCGUGACAAGCAAGACCACCAGGUCGUGUCAAGCAAGACCACCAGGUCGUGUAGAGAGAGUCCUCCAGGUCGUGUCGAGCAAAUCCUCCAGGUCGUGUCGAGCAAGCCUUCCAGGUCAUGUCGAGCAAGUCCUCCAGGUCGUGUCAAGCAAGACCACCAGGUCGUGUCGAGAGAGUCCUCCAGGUCGUGUCGAGCAAGUCCUCCAGGUCGUUUCGAGCAAGUUAUUCAAGUCGUGUCGAACAAGUUAUUCAAGUCGUGUCGAGCAAGUUAUUCAAGUCGUGUCGGACAAGUUAUUCAAGUCGUGUCGAACAAGUUAUUCAAUUCGUGUCGAACAAGUUAUUCAAUUCGUGUCGAACAAGUCCUCCAGGUCGUGUCGAGCACAUUCUCCAGACGGACACGGAGGAACUCGUGGUCUCCGCCGAGAUGAGCGGUUGUUGCGUCGAGCCCUGACUGCGCGCUUCGUGACGUGCGACUCCCUCUCCGCAUGAGGUCAGUCGUCGGGAGCGGCGCCGAGUCAUCGUCAGCGAGCCUCGUUCUCGCUGUCACUGCGCAUGCGCGUCGAUACCUCCAGCUGAACACACUGCGCACCGCCACAGCAUCUGCUGUUGUUGUCCCACCAGUCAAAUUCAUGGCAGAAUUGAUGUGAGGUAUGAAUACUGUUUUUUGUUUAUAAUUUACGAUACGUAGCGAUGUUGUUUGCGAACUAAUCUGAAUACUUAUUAGACUGCAACAAGGUGUACCCAGACAAGCUGUUUUUUCUUCUUGUGAUUGGUGGUCGUCUGUGAGAGAAGUAAUUGAGUUAUUUGACCGAGCCACUCAGGACGCAUUUCAUUACACGCUGAAUUACUGUGAUUGGUGUUGUUACACUCGAAAUGUACUUAAAAGAAACUCACCAAAUCACGAAACACAGGUGAUGUUACAGUGUUGUUUUAACUUUCAGCUAGUUUCGGAAUGUUUUCCCGAAAUAGUAAGGUUCCUACUUAUCGACAAAAUGGUUGUUAAAAAAAACUUUCUUUUUAAUAUCAAUUUUUUUAAGAAAAUAAACCUAUUAUGCUUCAAAUUCACUACUAGUAGUGAUAAAAGUUUGUUGCCAGAUAAUAAAAAUACAUUGAUUAAAUAUUUGUUGUUAAAUAAUUAUUGUGGUGUAAAUCCAUGUCACCAGGAUUUUUGUCCUACGCCUAUGCUGAUAGCAUAGAGCUGUAUGGUACAACAUUGUAGCGCAGGUUGGUCCUACCAGAAGCUGCUCGUAGCGAGCAAAGCAGAUGGUUACAAAUUUAAUAUUAUUUGAGGAACGAAAACAAGAACAUAUACGAGAAUUCAAAGUCAGGCGAUGAAACAUCACAAAAAUGCCAAUAUUUACAUAGUUAAUUUGAGGUCGAUGAUUAAACCAAUUUUUUUGGUUUCACUCAGAUUAAUGAGUGAACUAUUAGUUGUGAUCAAAUGAUUUGGGUUCCACAAUAAUCUUUGGGGGUACCAUUCUGCCUUACUUCUACUAUUUUUGGAAUAUUACAAAUCGGUCGCUUAAGUCCUUGUUCCAGUAAGUGAGCCAGCCUGUGGCUUCCCGCAGUGAAAGGUAGGCCACAAGAACACAGGCGGGCGCCUGCGAUUCUGCUGUGAAGCGGUCAGCAAUAAAAUGUUGAAGACGUUUCCCGACGCUUCAAGUGAAGAAAUUUUAAAAGCUCAAAGAAAACAUCGUGGAAAUUUACACCUUUGUCAGCGUUUGAGUGACAGGAAUUGAUCAUUCGAGGUCUUAAGAAAGAUCACGUAAUUUUAUUUUAACCUGCUGCGGCAGACUGUACACCAGCGAAACAAUAACUUCUAAGUAUCAGUGGAGAUAUCAACGAAAGUGCAGACAGCGAACCGCUGCAAGAAUACACGGAAAAAAAAAUUAAUUACGUUUCGAAGAUGAAAACAUAAUUAUUGGUACGCUUUUGCAAGUGGUUUUGAACACAUUAAAAUUUUUAAAUAGUUGAUAGUGAAAAACUAUCGUUAGAAACGUACAGGGCGAAGUAUUUUAAAUUUUGUUCUGUACAUGCGAUACACCGCUCAAAUACGCGUUUCCGCCGGUGAAUCUGCGCUGCAGCCCAAUGCGCCUUGCACGUAGAGGCGAAGAUGCGUGUCCUGCGCCAGCUAGCGCCGCCCUUGGCGUUCCCUUGCGCUGUUAGCCCUCGGACACGGAGACGUGGUUGCCAGCCAGGCGCGAGGAGAGAUCAGCUCGCCGGAAAGCGAGUGAGAUCAUCGCCGAAGUCGGCAAGCAGGUCGCGAGGCAUGACUGAGAGAGGAGGCUGCCCUCGCAUACACCUCUCUUCCGUGUGUGGAUGUCCUUGCAGUCCUCCUGUAUGCCUUCGUGGGGCCCAAGCAUAACAAAACUCUACUGAAAACCUUGUGUGGAUUCCAAUCUACACACACUGUGAUGGAUACUCCACUGAUACUUGCCUUUUUUUAUUUCAAGAAAAUACGUUUGGCAGACUACAAAAAUAAAAUUUAUGUAUAAAACUUAAUACAAAAUUAAAUCAUAAAACUUAAUAUAAAACUGAAAGAAUUUAUGUAAUGAUACAUUAAAAAUUUAUCAUUAACUGUUAUACACUGUUAUAUAGUUACAGGCCUAAUAAUUUAAAACUUCAUUGCAGUCACAAUAAAUUAUGUUACAACGAAAGAAUAAUGUUGUGAGGUCCAUGUUCACAGUGAAUUUUAAGUCUAGUUGACGGGGAGAUCAUUUUUACCGUAGGCGAAGACA